CUCUUUAUAUUUUUCUUCCUCCCUCCGCCUUCCCGACUCCUUGGCCAUCGCGAAUCCUCAAUCCAUCUCCAUUUGAAAGAGAGAGACUGUGAGAGACUCUGUACGGUGCUGAAUAGACUUUCACUGACACAACGCUCCAUCCUUUCAUUGCAUCUGGGCUCUCUUAAUUUCGAUUCUUGCUUCCGUCCCUUCUGCCUUAAUCCGAAGAAGAAAGGAAGAAGAAAGUUUCGUUGGCGGGAAAAGAAGAUGUCGGGGAAAGGAGCAAAGGGUUUGAUUAUGGGAAAGGGAGCUGCUGCUGCUGCGGCAGCUAACAAGGACAAGGAUAAAGAGAAGAAGAAACCCACUUCUCGUUCUUCUCGUGCUGGUCUCCAGCAGUUUCCAGUGGGCCGUAUCCAUCGCCUCCUGAAACUACGAACAACAGCUCAUGGGAGGGUAGGAGCUACAGCUGCUGUCUAUUCCGCCGCUAUUCUCGAGUAUCUGACUGCAGAAGUACUGGAAUUGGCUGGGAACGCAAGCAAAGAUCUGAAGGUGAAACGUAUAACUCCAAGGCACUUGCAGCUAGCUAUCCGUGGUGAUGAAGAGCUUGAUACCCUAAUCAAGGGUACCAUUGCUGGCGGUGGAGUCAUUCCUCACAUCCACAAGUCCCUCAUCAACAAAUCAUCCAAAGAAUAGAGAGCGUUUGUAGAAGCAGCAUGCGUGCAAACACACCUGAGAUUGUUCUUCUGAUGUUUAGAGAUUUACCUCUUAGACUGUUAAUUUGUCCCCCCAGCGAGUUUGGAAAUCCGUUGCCAUGGAAAAUGUCAGACUUGUGGAUCUUGUUAGGUUGUUUUGGUUGUUGCAGGAUGGUUAUGACUUUUAAGCAGAUUCGAUAUGGCCAUAUUUUGUGCUUAGUGAGAUCUUAAUGAUUUAAGUUCUCUUAGAGGAUUCGACUGUUGCUGCUAAAUUAUCUUUGGAAUGUAAUGAAAAUGAAUAUGUUGUCUAAUCUAAUAUAAUCUAAUCACAAUGGGAU